AGGUGAUGUCUUUUCAGAAGGCGUCAUCCAGGAAACAACGGCCGGCCGUCCAGCUCUGUCAAGGCCAGUCAAAGCGGCACAACAAGGCCUGUCGCAAGUAUUAGAACAAAACUUAACAUGGCCGCUACACGCUACACGCCUAUUUAGACGUCUAGGCUGUUGUCUACCCGGACCUUUUGAAGAUUCGAACAGCGCGCACGGAUAAAGCUUGGAGAAGCUCGUGAAGCCAAAUUGGCCACAUCAAACAUGGCGGAACACAAGGGAGCGAAGGCGACGGACGCUAUCGCCGAAGACAUGUCGUGGAGUGGCCUCUUCGCCGAAGUCUUCCUGAGCCCCCUAAACCUCAUCCUGACGUCAGUAUGCGUGUUUCUCGUGUACAAGAUCUUCUUCAGCCGACAGAAGUCUCAGAGAUCGCCGGUAAAGCGUGAACCCGAACUUCCUCCUCUGAAGAAGCAAGACAUGACGCUCCAAGACAUCCGCAAGUACGACGGCACGAACCCGGACGGCAGAAUUCUGGUCGCGGUCAACGGCAAGGUUUUCGACGUGACGCAAGGGAAGAACUUCUACGGCCCAGGUGGCCCCUACCAUGCCUUUGCCGGCCACGAUGCGUCCCGUGGGUUGGCCACCUUCUCGGUGGACUCUGCCAAGGAGGAGUAUGACGACCUGUCCGACCUUGCCCCCAUGGAGAUGGAGAGCGUGCGAGAGUGGGAGAUGCAGUUCACGGAGAAGUACCGCUAUGUCGGUCGUCUGCUGAAGCCCGGAGAGGAGCCCACAGACUACUCCGAGGAAGAGGACACCGCGGACCAAUCCAAAGCCUCGGACCAAGCCAAGGUGGUAGAGAAUCCGCCCGCCGAGGCCUCCGGAGGAGACGCCAAGCCCCAUGCAGAUUGAUGGACGUCGCCAUUGUUCCGAGCGAACGCGCGUCGUGCCGUCUGCACGCAGCCGGCAAGAAGUGUGCCUGCCACCCCUGCCUGUGUCUCCCGUCAUUUCCCAAAGUGUUUACGUCUGUGCACUUUUCGUCUUCUUCGCCAAACCUCACGUUCCGUAAGAACGAAAAAAAAAAAAAAAAAAUGGUUGUUUUUCUUUUCCUGGUCAGUGGGUUUGGGGGACAGAUUUUAAAUGGAGGAGGUGUCAUGACGGUGCGAAUGAUGGCUCCACGACGGAUAUAUUGCAGAGAAUUGGGCUGAAAGCUAGUCUUUAGAAUAAAAAGAAAGAAGGAAGAUAAUGUCUGCCCCGCGCUCCGUUUUUGUCUUGCGGAGGCCCUCCGCGAGAAGAGACCAAAGGUUUCGCAACAAGGGCUACAGGGCACGAGUCGGGCAAUGUACUUUCCCGCGAAGCUCCUCUUCAGCCUCUGUUGCAAACUCGCAGAAAUGGAGCGCGGCUGGCUUACAUCUUGAAAAGAUGCCCCGUCGUGACGUCUUGUCUCCUCCUCCGUGUGCUUGUGGGACUUUUAAAGUCUUUUUAGAAUUGGUUUGAAGUCGCUCCGCACUUGUGACUUCGUCGUACAACUCCAAUGGAGUCAUUCUCAUUUCGGGAAAGACAGCCCAUACGUUGCAUGACUAAGCGAUUCCAAACGCGAGCAACUGAUGUGCAGCCUUUUCCCCCGCGUUUUCGUGCCCUUCCGCUGCCUUUUCAGCAACCUAGAUACAAUGUCGUUUGGUUGUUCUUUUUGAGAGUUAAUCCGCGAGCUGUAAUCCAAAAGCGGUCAAUCUCUCUUACGUUCCCCUUCCUCGUUGCUAUGCGCACAGACCUGUAAAUAAUUCUCGUGCAGUUAUCCUCCACCGGGCAUUUUUUCUUUUCACCUUCCCCUAGCUUAUUCUCAAGGACAAUGAACAAUAGACUCGUGUAAUUGUUUGUGUCUGGAAGUUGUACAAAGGAGUUUUUUCUGUGUGUGAUUAUUAAAGUUUUGGGUUGUCUUUUCCUCUUCAA